AUGGCAAACGCAACUCAAUACUUGGAGGAGAAUUAUCCUAGUUCAAACAGUAUUAAUUUAAGUAAUUUAGGAAAUCUAGAAGAACUCGAUAGUUCUUUCAUCAAUAGUGGUAGAAGUCACUCAUAUUAUAUGCGUAAACUUAAAAAGUUAAAGCUCUCUAAUAAUAGGAUCACCGAACUUAAUCUCUUCGGAUCAUCAAAUCUUGCUUAUUUCGAAUGUGAUAAUAAUUUACUUAGCGAAUUAGAUUUAAGUAAUAUGUUUGACUGUCAGAAAAAUACUUUUCUUUCACAAACCAUUACCACUACCACUAGCAAAAAAACGCAAUCAACAACAACCACUAGAAAUAAUUCUGUUACAGCAACGCCAACCAUUGGACAUCUUGCUACAACACCAACCACUAACAAUAAUCUAGGUUUAAAAAUUGGUCUCAGUGUUGUUGGCAUUAUUGCCAUUUUUUUGCUUGGACUAGUAACCUUUUUAUGCUACAAGUAUAGAGUUAGGAGACAAGUAACUCAAGGAACUCCAGUACUGCAAAUAUCAGAAGCUUUGCAAGAUAAAGAGCAAGAACAAGAAGCCCGGAAAUUAGAAACGCUAAGGAAGACAUAA